GCGCAGAGGGGGAGGGGGAAGCUCGCACGCAGCCUCUCCAGCCGCCGCCGCCCGGCAGCUGCUGCCGCUCGCGCUCUGCAAAGGGCCGGGGCGCUCGGAAGAGCCGGAGCGGAGCAGUGCGGCGGCGCGGAGCCCCGAGGGCUUCCCUGCCUCUCUGGGUUUGGGGACCGGGCGCUUGCAGCCCGCAGCAUCCUCCCCGCCUGGUGCCCGGCAUGGAGCCCUGGAAGCAGUGCGCCCAGUGGCUGAUCCACUGCAAGGUGCUGCCGCACAACCACCGAGUGACCUGGCCCACGGCUCAGGUGUUCGACCUGGCGCAGACCCUCCGCGAUGGGGUCCUGCUCUGCCAGCUGCUCAACAACCUGCGCAGCCACUCCAUCAACCUGAAGGAAAUCAACCUCAGGCCCCAGAUGUCCCAGUUUCUCUGCUUGAAGAAUAUAAGAACAUUCCUUUCAGCAUGUUGUGAGAUAUUUGGGAUGAAGAAAAGUGAACUUUUUGAAGCAUUUGAUUUGUUUGAUGUGCGAGAUUUUGGAAAGGUCAUAGAAACACUAUCAAAACUUUCUCGCACUUCUAUUGCAUUAGCAACAGGAAUAAGGCCAUUCCCUACAGAAGAAAGUGUUGAUGAUGAAGAUAUCUACAAAGGCCUUCCUGAUUUACUAGAUGAAAGUGGCGGCGAUGAAGAUGAAGAGUUAUAUGAUUGUGUCUAUGGAGAAGAUGAAGGUGGGGAAGUAUAUGAAGACUUAAUGAAAGAUGAAGCAGCACAUCAACCUAAGUGUACUGAAAAUGACAUAAGAAGCUGUUGCCUUACUGAAAUAAAACAGACUGAAGAGAAAUACACUGAGACCUUGGAGUCAAUAGAGAAAUUUUUCAUGGUGCCAUUGAAAAGGUUUCUGUCAGCAUCAGAGUUUGAUAUAGUGUUCAUCAACAUUCCUGAAUUGGUGAAAACCCACAGAAGUCUAAUGCAGGAUAUUUAUGACUCCAUUGUAAACAAAAAUGACCAGAACCUGUAUCAAAUUUUUAUUAACUACAAGGAAAGAAUGGUUAUUUAUGGGCAGUACUGCAGUCAAGUGGAGACAGCCAUAUCCUGCUUGGACAACAUCUCUAAGACAAAAGAAGAUGUUAAAUUGAAGCUAGAGGAAUGUUCCAAGAGGGCCAAUAAUGGGAAAUUUACUUUGCGGGAUCUUCUAGUGGUUCCUAUGCAGCGAGUUCUGAAAUAUCAUCUGCUGCUGCAGGAACUGGUGAAGCACACCACUGACCCAACUGAGAAGGAAAAUCUGAAGUUGGCACUUGAUGCAAUGAAGGACUUGGCUCAAUAUGUAAAUGAAGUGAAGAGAGAUAAUGAAUCCCUCCGUGAAAUUAAACAGUUUCAGUUAUCAAUAGAGAAUUUGAACCAUUCUCUCUUAAUGUAUGGAAGACCACAAGGUGAUGGUGAAAUAAGAAUAACUACAUUAGACAAACGUGCAAGGCAAGACAGGCAUAUCUUCUUAUUUGAUUUAGCUGUAAUUGUGUGCAAACGGCGAGGUGAUAAUUAUGAAAUGAAGGAAAUAAUAGAUCUUCAAAAGUACAAAAUCACAAAUAAUCCCACCACUGAUAAAGAAACUAAAAAGUGGUCUUAUGGCUUCUACCUCAUCCACAUACAAGGACAAAAUGGUUUGGAAUUUUAUUGCAAAACUAAAGAUUUGAAGAAAAAGUGGCUUGAGCAGUUUGAAAUGGCAUUAUCCAACAUAAGACCGGACAAUGCAAAUACAAAUUUUCAUGAGUUCAAAAUGCACACCUUCACUCGUGUCACAUCCUGCAAAGUCUGUCAAAUGCUUCUGAGAGGAACAUUUUAUCAAGGCUAUUUAUGUUCUAAGUGUGGCGCUGGAGCGCACAAAGAAUGUUUAGGGAGAUUAGACAAUUGUGGCAGAGCUAAUUCAGGUGAACAUGGGAUCCUGAAACAUGAGAAACGAACUAAUGGAAUUCGAAGAAACUCCAGGCACAUGGACUCAGGAUUACCAAAAAUGCAAGUCGUUAGAAACUACAAUGGGGUACCACAGCCAGCACCACAUGAUGGCCCACCGUUACACAUCCAGACUGGGGACACUAUUGAACUCAUCAAAGGAGAUGCACAUAGCAGGUUUUGGCAGGGUAGAAAUCUAGUCACAGGGGAGCUUGGCUACUUUCCAAGUGAUGUCGUAAAGCCUUGCCCAUGCGUGCCUAAACCAGUAGACUACUCUUGCCAACCAUGGUAUGCAGGAGCAAUGGAGAGGCUGCAAGCUGAAAGUGAACUUAUUAACAGGGUAAAUAGAACUUACCUGGUGCGACACAGGACCAAAGAGUCAGGAGAAUACGCAAUUAGCAUUAAGUAUAAUAACGAAGUGAAACACAUCAAGAUUUUAACAAGAGAUGGCUUUUUUCACAUUGCAGAAAAUAAAAAAUUUAAAAGUUUAAUGGAACUUGUAGAGUACUACAAGCACCACUCUCUCAAAGAAGGUUUCCGAAGUUUGGAUACUACUCUUCAGGUUCCAUACAAGGCAUCUGAAAAUUCAGAUGGACAAAGGAGUAAUAAAGCAAGCAGUAACUCCCCCUCUUUGUUCUGUGGGUUUUCUUUUGUAACUCCUCCAGACUACAGCUUUGUUCCCCCUUCCUCCACUCCUUUCUGGUCAGUGCUAAGUCCAAAAGCAAUAGGCAUAGCCAUUGCCCGGUAUGACUUCUGUGCAAGAGACAUGAGAGAACUGUCCUUACUGAAAGGUGAUGUGGUGAAAAUUUACACAAAGAUGAGUGCCAAUGGCUGGUGGAGAGGUGAAGUAAAUGGAAGGGUGGGCUGGUUUCCAUCAACCUAUGUUGAAGAAGAUGAAUGAAUUGAACACUUACUUUGCACUGUUGACCAGAAAUUUCAGGGACUGUGGAAUACAACAAUCUGCAAAGCAUUAUUAGUCUUGUUAAGUAUUUCAAAAGCAGCGUUUUCUGUCUAUCCAAACCCUCCAGUCUUAUUGUUGGAAUUUCUACAGAAGUUUGUGCUGACAGAUUAAUGGUUUGCCCAGAGCUAUGCAAGAAACAACCUGCCAGUUUGCCAUCAUCAGGGACCAGUAUAAAGCCCAACCCUCACCUUUCCAGAAGAUCCUUGCAAAACAGAUUUCUUUAUGCUGCUUUUCAUUUCACCCUGUGGUACACAGCGAAUGCUACCUAUUGGUAAAUGUUUAAUAAAUCUUUUUUUCUAGUAGCUAACAUCUGUGAUGGUAGAAGGAGGCGAUGAAGGCUUAUUACUCCUUAUCACUGUAUACAGAAAAAGGAAAGUUCAGUCAUGCCAGUCAAUAUUAGCUGUCUUGAAACAUCAAGCAAUGUUAUUUAUCACAUAACAAACAGUUGUGCACUCAUCAAACCAUUCUGAGAAAAAUAGAAAUGUAGUAAAUAUUUAUAGCCUUUUCUUCCAAGGUACAUGUGUGGGAUGAUUAUAACUGACUUGAAGUCCUGCCUAAAUUUUCAAACAACUUGUUUUUAAGACAGGAGUUUUAAAAAGGGUAGUGUUACUUGGUGUGGUUCUGCUAGAAAAAACGACUACAAAUGGGAUUGUGGUGUUCUCUUUUUGUUUUGUUAUGCGCUUCAAAGCAAAUUUUACUCAGUUUACAAAUAAGCAGCUAACUAUGUAAACACACCCAGGAAUCUUAAGGACAAAAUGUGUUCUUUAUAGCUCAUGUAUCAUCAAUAAUUUAAACAUUUUGUAGGUCAUAUUCUGCCUAGAAUAUGGCAGAUUUAGCUUUGCAGUAGGAAUUUAGUUAACAAUUCCUUUCCUGAGUGAACACAAAAAGAAUCCCGCUCACUGUCCCAUAAGUGUAUUGACUCUGCAGGGCUGAAAGAAUUAAAUAGUAAUAAAAAUGUAUUUUUGGAGCAAAGCAAGGAGAUUUCACCCUAAAUACACACAGGAACAGAUCUGCUGGGAAAGAAGGUAUCAUUUUUAAGGGUAGUACUGCUCUUUGUAUCUUAAACUACUGGCACUUUUGCAUUUUGCUUUUGGAAGCUUUCUACAUCAGGUCUCCAUGAAGGGCUUUUUCUCUUUCCCUUGCUAGCAAAUGGGAGCAUGUAUCAUCCAGUGUAUACCUUCUUGGUCAUCAGGGCAUGGUAAACGAACAUCUUACAGAUUUUUUUUUUCCUGUUGCCUGCCUUUCUGUUUUUCUGGAAUCUAACCCUGAUUGUUACUUCCCUCCCAGAGUGGCAGUGAAAUUAUGGCAAUGCAGUGGUGUGGACUGUUCCUUCCACAAUGUAAUGCAUAAGUGUCGAUUAUCCUAAGAAAAAGAGCCCCCAAGUUUGCAUGAAAGCCUGUAACCUUGGUGUCAGGUAUGAGCAAGUGAUAUCUGUCUUUUGAGAUCCAGAAUUUUAAUAAAGUUUGAAAGUCCUGGUUCAUAGAAGAAAAAGUUGAAACAAGUGUUAGUGGUGAUGUUGUACAGGUGUGAAUAUACAAUUGUUAAUAUUUAGCUAAUCUCUUACCUGUAAAAUUUGGGCUAAACAAAAUGUUCCUACAUACAUAAAAUUCUGAACUGUAUUUUUCCUGUGUGUGACACUCUCCUCCUUCCAGUACAAAACACAGGAGAAUCCAUUCCCACAAUGUGCACACAGACCAGCAAUACAGCCCCUUUGCAACUGCUAUCCAUCCUAUAGACUGAAUGAUAUCCAAUGAUCCUCCACAGAAUGAGCACAUAUCCCAACUCCCCUCCCUUGGGCUGCUCUCCCCCGCCCCCGUGAUCCCCACUUUUAUGCUGGCCUAUUUGUGGCCAGCACAGACAUCCCAUUCACAUGGGGGUGGGGGUGGGGGUUGCAGCCAUUCCUCACACACACACACUGCAUCCUGUAGGCAGCCCCUUUGCAGGGCCAAGUGGUGCAGCGAGCCUCUCUGAAAUUCUCUGCAUAUGGGUGAAUUUUAACCUUAGGGUUAGGGAUGAAUCUCUGCCAAAGUAGUAUAGUUUCAGGGAGUUUACCUCAAAAUUAUGUAACUGUGAUUGAGUUGAAUACAUUUAUUUGAUGGAACUGAUUUAGAGCAUUUGUAAAUGAUUCCUAAAAGAUAUUUUAUAAAGUGAUCUGUACAGCAGUUUAGACUUUGGUAUGUUGUCUGGUUAUAUUUUGCCAUGCAAUAGUAUUAUGUGUUGUGGGCCUGAUCCUGUUCUCCUUAAAUGGACCACACUGGUUCUUUGGCAGCUUUGCCUGCUUUAAGGGUAAAGGAAUAGGCUCUAGCUCUGUGAAAUGUUUUGUGCUUAGCUAUUAGCAUAUAGUUCUUGUAUGAGGAGAAGCAGUUUAAUUCAAUACAAAUUAAGAAACACAUCUGUUAUGUUCAGUAACCUAGGGUUUUUUAAACAUUAAUUUGAUAAGUCACCUUGUUACCCUAAAUUGGUUGUGUGCUUUUUAGCAACUCAGGGGUCCAGCAAUUUACCUUGGAGAAGAAUUAAAGUAAUAUCUUAACACUUUUUCAUAGUAUUCAUACUGUACAUCUUGGUUGUCUCUGUUUAAUGCCCUGUACUGAAUGAGUUAAACGCUGCAUCUUAAACUGUAUUUCUAAUACCAAAGACUUAUGUAACAAUUCCAGAGCCACUGCUUCUCAAUGUGCUUUCUUUUGCCUGUAUGGAGACCUUGCUGUCAUGCAGUGACUUAGUACAGUACUUUAAUUUGUAAUAUGUUGUACAUAUGUGAAUAUAAUAAACUGGUUAAUUUCUUGUUUAAA